AUAAAAUCAACAAUGGGUUGUCAAAGUUUUGUAAAUUAAUAAUUAUUUAUUUUGGUAAUAUUUAUAUUAAAAAAUAAUGUUUUUUAUAGUUAAUGAGUACGAUGACUGUUGAUUAUUGAGUGACAGUAGUAUGUAUCAAGAUGUUCAGUUUUGAAGGGGAUUACAGAAGAAAGCCCCAGCAGAAUUUAGCUGGUGCCAGCAAAAGGAAUGAGAAGUCAGUGUUGCUUCAGCAUGCUCACCUUGAGCGGAUGAAACGUGAGGAUAUUAGGAGGCGGAACAAUGCUGCUCUGAAAAUCCAGGCUUACACUAGGAGUUUUUUAAUUCGUCAGUCAAUUAAGCGAAAGAGUCGCCAGGAGUUUGAUACUGCUAGAUCUCAACAGACUGUCAAAUUUAUAACUGCAGACGGUCUGGUUCCUUACAUUAAAAAUUUUCUAUUUUUUUAUCAACCGACUGUGGACUUGCAGAGGUUCAAUUGGUUGCUAGAGCAAGUAUUGGCGAACAAAAAAGACAUUUUAAUUAAUAAUAUCGAGUGGUGUUGGAGGAUAAAAUGGAUCCUAAAACAUAGUAUGGAAUUAAUAUCCCACAAUACAAAUAGUCAAUCAACAGCAAUACCUCUCCGAGUAUUAGAGACUUUUAUAAUAACAUGUGGCGACUCACUCCCAAAUCAAACUCACCGUAACAAUUAUCUCCGCGACACAUUAGUAUAUUUAAUCCAAAACUCAUACUUCGGAAAUUUAAUGAGUUUACUCUCGCAACAAAUACAAUCUUUACCCACCAGUACAACACCAGUACCUUCAACUCCACGAAUAAAAUGUUGCAUCAACUUAAUGAAACGUCCAUUAGAAUUAUGUUCAGGAUGUGAAGAAUUUUAUGUACCUGUCCUCACCCAAUUUAUUUAUUCAAUUUUAAUCCCCCGAAUGUCCGACGCAAUCCGUUCAUUUCUACUCCCAGCUUUAACAGAUCCAACGUGGCCAUACAUUGAACUCCUAAUUGUCAUAAACCGGCUAAAUAUCACAGAACCCACAACCAGUCUCUUCUACGCUAUUUUAUCAUUAGAACCCACUAACUUCUCCGUAAGCAACGACUAUACUUUUAUCAACUACAUCCAGGUGCUAGGUUCAUUAAGCUUAACGCAAAAAGCGCCCUGGAACGUCAGAGAGUUCACCACAGAUCUGGAAGACGAUGACAAUAUGUCUACAGACAGUGGGACAAUAAUAAUAGACCAGAACCAAGACAUUUUACGGCAGUGUAUGUCAAUGCUGAACAACGACACCCGAGUCAACCGGAUCCUCAGCGCUCUAGAAUUCAGCAGCGACAAUCCGCUGGUUCUUGAGUAUGUAUGUCGCUUGUGCGACAAUUUACUUCAAACUGACAAGCUAGCAACGCAUAAAUACAAGCUGCUCUACAUGUUAGCUUUCAAGCCAGUGUUUUUACGCCGACUUUGGGCUACAAUGCUAUCAACACCACCUCUUUUACAAAUGAUAUCCCGGGGAAUCCCACCAAGCAUUGAAAACACUAAAAAAGUAGCUCCUAUGGUCGCAGUAUUCUGCUCGUUGUUCAGUUUACUGAUAGCGACUCUGCAUGACAAUGAAUUCUUCCGGUCAGACGAUUCGCAAAAUGACCAGAACGCGAUGCCCUUUAAUACUUCCGAGCUAGUACCGCUUUCCGGUCACCUAAAGGACAUUUGUUUAGGCCUGGUCGAGAUUAUAUUUUCAGACACCAGGUCUACAGUCCGUGACGAUCAUAUGAGAGCAGUAAUUGGGUCAAUGGUCGACAUGGACACUGUCCAUUCUUCAAAACACGAGACUCAGAUCUGGGAGUAUCUCUUCAAAGCGACAACUGGCUUAUUGAGGCAAUUGCACUCAAGGGAUUUAAGAAGGCAAUUUUGCCCGGAGGGCCACUGGAUCAGUUCCAAGCCAGACUUUGACCUAAUUUGGCAACGAAGGCAAGGAGUGACCGGUGGGUUGCUAAAAUCAGACAAAGAAGCGCAAAGUGGACCUCCGCUUUCGACGAAAGAAUUAAGAGCGCUUACUUUGCUGAGAACGGUGCCGUUUAUUGUGCCCUUUAAUGACCGGGUGAUGGUUCUCCAGUCGCUGAUUCAGAAAGACAGGUCUGACCAGCAAGGCGAGUUGUCGCACUUCAUGCAAGGUCCGGCGAUUCACAUUGCAGUUAGAAGAAGUUAUUUGUAUGAAGAUGCGCUGGAUAAACUCUCUUUGGAGAACGAGCCUGAGUUGAGAUUAAAAAUGAGGGUCCAGUUUAUUAAUACUGCUGGAGUUGACGAAGCUGGGGUAGACGGCGGGGGAUUGUUCAGAGAGUUCUUGUCAGAGUUACUUAAAACUAGCUUCGAUCCCAAUCGUGGGUUUUUUAGACUUACUAAAGACAAUAUGCUUUAUCCGAAUCCUAAAGUUCAUUUAUUAAUUGACGAUUUUCCUAAACAUUACUUCUUUAUUGGAAGAAUGCUCGGCAAGGCUAUUUAUGAAAAUUUGUUAGUUGAAUUGCCUUUCGCGGAGUUCUUUUUGUCGAAGAUAGUAGGCACUCAUUCGGAUGUGGAUAUUCAUCAUUUAGAUUCACUAGAUCCGGUGAUGUACAGGAAUCUCUUGUACUUGAAGAGCUACAAGGGUGAUGUUGCUGAUUUGGGUUUGGAUUUUACUGUGCUGUCUGAUGAAUUGGGAGAGAGAAGAGUUGAUGAACUUAAACCAAAAGGUUCUCAAAUUCCUGUGACUAAUGCGAAUCGCAUUGAGUACAUUCAUCUGAUGGCUGAUUACAAACUUAAUAAGGAAAUUAGACCUCAGUGUUACGCUUUUAAGCAGGGACUUGCUAAUGUUAUUCCGCUGGAGUGGCUGCAGAUGUUUAAUAAUAAAGAAAUGCAGGUUCUUAUUUCUGGAGCUCAGAUUCCGGUUGAUGUGGAGGAUUUGAAGCAGCAUUGUAAUUAUACUGGUGGUUAUACUCCCGAGCAUCCGACUAUUAAUGCGUUUUGGAGCGUUGUUGGGAAGUUUAAUAAUAAACAAAAGGGACAGCUGCUUAAGUUUGUUACCAGUUGUAGUAGACCUCCUCUGUUGGGCUUUAAGGAACUUGAUCCACCGUUUUGUAUACAAAAUGCGGGCAGCUUGGAUCGCUUACCCACGUCUAGUACCUGUAUGAAUCUGUUGAAAUUACCGGAAUUUCCUGAUGAAGUGACAUUGAGGGAAAAAUUACUUUACGCCAUCCAAGCUGGUGCAGGGUUUGAGUUGAGUUAAGAAAAAAAAAGUCAGAAUCCUUUUGAUCCUCUACCUCUUCCUUCCUGUUUUUCGCCCUAAAAUUGUAAUGUAAAUUUUGUACAUUUAAAAUUUUGAUUUAUCAUAUAAUUGUGUGCGCUGCUCUCUGAUGCAAUUAAUUGUAAUUAAUUUUCAGGGCGUGAAAGGUUAUUUAAGUAAUAAUUACAUG